AUGCCGCGAAGAAAGAAACCCCAACAAGUAUGUUACUUUUGGUUUGGCAACAGCAUGAUAACUCUCCACGGAGUCAUUGAAGCCAUGCGAGGAGGACUCUGGAGAGCUCAAAAGGCAGAAUUGGGUGCCAACAAUCAAAAGCUGGAAACUCCACGACACGCCUUUGGAGGCGCCACGCUGGCACAACAUUGGCAGGCCACACAACGAGAUCCCAAAUUACUCGAAAACAUGCGCCUUUUGCCGUGGGUGAUUAUCCACGAACAAAGCGUGAUUCCCUCGGUACCCAUGUACCGACCCGGCAGUGUGGCGGCGGCCCGUGGAUUGACACACUAUUGUCGACAACAACGAGGAGGAGGACCUCAAAUCAUGUUCAUGAUGACGUGGGGACGACGCGGGGGCUUUAAAGGGCACGGAGUCCAAUACGGCAAUUUUCUCACACACAAUCAAGCCAUUUACGAAGGAUACCUCCUCUACAUUCACGCCACGUCCACACCGGAUCGACCCACCUAUCUGGCACCCGUCGGGUUGGUCUUUGAAACCAUUUACAACGACUGUCUGACUCAAGACCCUGAGAGUCGAGAACCCGGCUCGUACAAUUCGCUCUUUGCUCGCCUCUAUGGAAAUGAUGGGUACCAUCAAAGCAAAUUGGGCGCCUUGGCGGCCGGAAUGACAGUCGCCACAGCGAUUACCGGGUUCAAUCCGUACAAGCAAAAUCACAAUCCAGGAGGUCUCUCCCAGGAAGAUAUGAAUGCCGUCAAGGAUGCCGUCGCACGCACUAUAUUGCAAACGUUUGAAAGUGGACAACUGCUCUAUCCGUGGAAGACCUCGUGGACCGGUUCCACAGCGCCGACCAGCGCCGUGUGUCGGGCCGACAAGGAAACGUCCACCUGCGCCAGCCCUGACACAACAGUCGUGCAGUCAAUUGGCACGUGA